CUGAUUAUUCGUUUUAAGGAUGCUUAUCGCAUUCAAUGUAAUUGAUCGUCGAGGCAACAUCGCAUACAUUUUCGUAUAUUAAAUUUAUUUGAAAUUGGAACCUCUUGCGGAAAACAACAAUAAACGAAAGUGAUUUUUUUAAAAAAAGUGAUAACCUUGUUGGACAAACGUUGUGCAUCAUGUUUAAUCGUCAACUUAAAACCGUAACUACUAAUACGGUUGGAGGUUCGUCAUCUUCGUCUUCCUCCUCCUCCAUAGUAACACGUUCAUUCUUCACAACAAGUACCACAUAUCAUUCGUCAUCGAAUUCCUUCCAAACUUCAAAAUGUGCCGAAAAUACAGUGCGUGAUGCAAUAAAACGUAUAGAUCAGCUAAGUAUCGCUCAACCGUCCGAUAAAGUUACUGCUCGGAAAGAAGAACACUGUCCAUAUAAAAGGAUUACUUCUGAAGAGCUGCCAGCCACGAAAUCUGAAAAGAGUGACACAUUUCAUCUGGACUGUUUAAAUGCACACAAUGAUUACAGACGAAGGCAUGGGGUCGGGCCCUUAAAACUAAGCCCGACAUUAUCCGACUUUGCGCAAAACUGGGCGAAUACGAUUGCAAAUAAACGACAAUUGCAGCAUAGCUCUGAGAGGAAAUACGGAGAGAAUAUUUACUGGUCCAGUGGUAAGACUAUCAAUGGAAAAGAUCCUGUAGACUCAUGGUACAGUGAAAUCAAACAGUACAAUUAUAAGAAUGCCACUUUCUCGUCUGGUACUGGUCAUUUCACACAAGUUGUAUGGAAAAACAGCUUAGAGUUAGGAGUGGGUGUGGCGCGUGUCGGAAACGAAGUGUAUGUCGUAGCAAGUUACUAUCCUCCUGGUAAUUUCGGUGGAGAAUUUUCAAAAAACGUUUUUCCACCAAAAUAGAUAUAAUUUUAAGAUUUGACUAUAUACACACAACGAAUUAUAAACGAAAUGCAAAACUUG